CGCUGCGGCCCAUCCGCGAACAACCAUUAAAAAAUCAGUUUUGCUGCAAUCUCGCAGAAAACAGACGUACUUUCUUGUGCGGCGCACUAAUAUCCUAGUGAAACGGAACCGCUAAACACACACUUCCUCUAGCCGAUCUGAACUUUAACCUCGGUUCGUCCGCCCGGCGCACCACGUUAUCGCCACUGCGCAGUACAUGACAAACUGAGCAACAAGCGGACAAAAAUUUCAGUCGUGCUUAUGUAUUUUGAGUUGUUUCUAAUAAACACGAAUUUUCCCAACUGCGACAACCGGGCAGUCGUCUGGCAGAUGUGUUAUAGAUUCCAGGAAAAUUAUUCCCAACAAAUUCGGUCGAGUGAAAUUGGAUUUAUUUUGGAUUUUAUGUGUUAAAUAUUCUGUUACAAAGUUCCGUUUCUGCCGGGUGCCAGGACAUAUUUUUUGUACCUAGGUUUCUUCGCCGCCAUCAGUGAGCAUGUCUCCCCCGCAGACGGGAGCGCCUAUCGGCCUGGCGGGAUAGACUGACGGACGGACGUAUGGAUUUCUCCCUGGAACGGAAUCGAUUAGUCGCUUCAGGCGCUCUAGGGGCUCUGGGAUCCAGCUACGGCGACACGCCCUCUAUCGGCCGUCCCGGGGUGUCGGAUAUUUCUCGCCCCGGGACGCCAUCGUCUAUGGCGUCACUGGGACAUUACCCGAGCAGGUUUAUGCCCCCGUCGCUGACGGUGCAUUCACCGGCAGCGGGAUAUGCACUGAUGGGCAGUUACCUUAGCAACGGAAGCCACGCCUCCGAAGGAAUUAAAUCUUUGAUGCCUGAAGUUCAGCAGUAUUGGAGUACCGCCCACUCAGAAGCAUUCCCUCGCUACGUGAUUAACAACAACAUGUACCCCCCAUAUCCGUUCCUGGCGGGUCCGGACUCCAUGUCGCUGCUGCAGCCCGGGACGGCGGCCACAACACAGCAGUCUCCAUAUAGUCACAGGAUAUACGAACUACACAAAGAUGCAUUUCUGGGCGCAGUCCCGCCUUCAGCCGGCCAGGCGGGGUUCUACGGGCUAACUAACGCCCCGAUGACUGGGGCACCGUCCGCCCUGCACGUGCCCUCGACGGUGAUGGCGGUGAAACAGGAAGCGAAGGUGGAGUCCGUCGUACCCGAGCGACCGAACAAGCAGCCGGACAAGAAGUCGCACAGCAAAAGUGAAAGGAAAGUUGUUUGUAAGAAAGAGAGCUCAAAGUCUUCUGGUGACAAGGACGGUGCUAGAGAGUGUUCUAGGGACUGUGCUAGGGACGGUGAAUUAUCAGCCAGUGGUAGAGGCGAGACGUGCAAACAUUCCUGCGACAAAGCGAAGAGCACGAGGAAAGUGGAGCCUGUCAGUGUGGCGGAAAAGUCGUGCAAAAGGACGUCUGCUAAACUGCACGUGGCCGCCAGAGAGUGCAAAGUGUCGGCAGGUUCUCCCAGUGGAACGAAAGACGAAGUCUGUGAUAUUAAGUCGUCCAAGGCGGUGGCGGCGGCUCACGGCGCGCACACUGUGACUGUCGUGUCGGAGAACGUGAAAACGCAAAGCAUAACGACUUUAACCACGGUCACCGUCACGCCAAGUGGCUCCACUGCCUCCAACGCAACUUCCGCUACAACCGGAAGUACGCAGAGCGUGUUCAGCUGUGGGCAGCCUGUCAUAUCAACAGUAUCUCAAGGGGCUUACGUGACGUCAAACACAAGUGUAUCACCUUCGUCCAGGGCCUCCCCUAGCCUGCCAUUUUACCACACCCUGUAUGCCCACCCUCAGGGUGCGGCGGCGGCGGCAGCGACGACUGUACCGACGGGUCCAAGAAAGGUUCACGCCACCACGUAUGUUCCCGAAGUCGGGACCUUGAACCGCCCCAUUGACAAAAGUUUACCGAAAGUGCUCGAGUCGAAGGUGAAAUCCGAACCCGUACGUCCGUCGUGCUGUCGUGAAAAGCAGGUGAAGCUCCCCGCUGGUGUCCCGACGUCAGUGACCAAGUAUUGCGAUAAUCCUCCACCUCUGACUGUGAAACUCUCGCCCAAGUUCUCCAGGCGGUCUUCGUGUGACGAGGAUGAUCCCCGCACAAAGGACGCAGACAAAAGGCAGAACAGUCGACUUGUUGGUGCUGGCUCGACGGAAAGUCUUCUUGCUGCCAACACUUCAGAAGAGUCGACGAAAUGCUCAAACGGCGGCGCGGCUGGAAGUGGACGAAAGAGUGAUAAAGACUUGGAGGAUAUCAGAGAUGAAUCGCUCAAAUGUGGCGAGACUACGGCUCUGGAUUAUAGAAUUUCGAAGAAAUCUCAGUCGCAGACAUGUGUAGUGACUAAUUGUGGCGCCAGGAAGCACGAGGAAGGUGUUAGUGGUGUUAAGGUUAACGGUGAACACGAGAUGCAUCUGGAAGUAGAUUCGUCCACUGUCGGGAAGCUUCACUCGCGUGUAGAUAUUCAUGUGACUUCAUCAUCCUCAUCGUCAUCCUCGUCCUCAGCUGGACUUGCCUCCCCCGAUGUUAAGCCUGAUUCCACGACCCCACUAGAGAGUGAAGAGAAGCACGUGGACCGGACUCUUCACCCUGCAGAUCCUAAGCUAUCAAAGACUGAGUCACCGUGCACUGUUCUAAAUCUGUCUAAAUCAAAAACUGGUGACAAAUCGUUUACCGACAAAGACUUGAUUGGUGUACAGAGCAAGGUGGAAGUUUCUGAGGACAAUUUCAAAGUGUCGGCUUUGAAAGCUCACGUGAAAGCGCAGACUGCAGUAGAAGAAAGAGCCAGACAUUCUAAACAUCGCGGAAGUCCUAAGACAGAGUUGGCGGCGGACAAACAGGACGAUGUGACUGAGCAUACAGCGUCCAACAUACCCGUGGGUAUUGCUGUGGCUCGAAAGAGGUCGGGUCAGACCAGAACACAACCAGACACACACAACCUACAACCCACAUUGCUGCACGAACAGGCGACAGUGGACGAGGACCAGUCGAGAUCCUUCACGCAAGAUUAUAAAGACAGAGAAGAAUUUCUUAGACAACAGAAGGCGAUUUUGUCAGGGUCGUUAAAACCGGUGGUGACCACUGCCUUACCCCCAAAUCUCGUAGUCACAGGAAGUCUGCAAGGAACGGAUAGCACGUUAUCCGAUGAUUUGCGUAUGCGCUCUUUGGCUAACCAAUGGUUAGCCGCGUCUGGACAUCCUUCAGCAUGGCUGUCACAGAACCCGUAUGGACUUCAUCCGGGCAUUGCGACAACUACAACCAGCGCCAUCGAGCAGGGAGCUUUUCCUGUUCCAGCCCCAAGCGGUUUCAAGAUUGCGCAGGAUUCACUGACAGGACAAUUGUUCCUGGUUCCUACUGGAGAUUUUGUCGACCAGACUGGACUAUGGCCAGCAGCAUUUCCCGGAAGCCACGGGGCACAAACGGCUCACACUCAUUUCCAACACCUCCUGCCAGCACAGCCUCACAUGGGUCACGUAACCGAGUCCACGUCACCACACAGUUCUGUGGGAGAUCAGAGAGAAUUAACUCCGGGCCAGUCGGUGUGUCAGACUCCCGAAGUGAGUGACCACCGAGAUGAAAGUGACCGUGGGUCAGAUGGACAGACGCUCAGCCGGACUCCCACCCCGACGUCGUGGACUCAGUCUGGGUCGGCCAAGGACAAAAGUCCGGCUCUUCAAAGUGCCCCGCCCACCCCGUGUAGUCUGCAGGAUCAAGAGAAACCCAUCAUGCUGCCUAGUACCUACAUUCCAGAUAUGUCAAUGGCCACAUCACAGGAAUACACGUACGCCUUCCCUGGUGGACAUCUGCCGUACAUGCUUAAUCCGGGCAUUCUAUCUGUGCCAGGUGUGCCUCUCAACCUGUCCGAACCCCUGACUGUGAAGACCGAGUCACCCUCCGUUCAGUCGCGUGGGACCUCCCCAAUCAUCCUGACACCCCCUCCGUCAGACGAGACCCACCGGGGUUCCGUCAGUUUCAGGGAGGUGGCCGUGUUCACGGACAGUCCGGUCACAAAGUGCUCUACGUCGGUGCAGACGUGCGAUCUGGACGAUUUCCCGCCAUUUUCCACCCCCGUCAAGUUGAAGGAACAGUGCAGUCAGACGUGUCAGAACGACGACUUGCCACCGACAGAGGGGGAUUUCCAGGAUACUAAAAAUAGCUCCUUUACAACAACCGCUGCUAUUGAACGUGAAAAUAGUUCUCCUUUCGACUGUGGUGUGACAAAAUCAGACGCUGACUGUGAUAUCGCUAAAAAUAGUAAAAGUGUGAGUAAAACAGAAGGCGCCGUGGGGAAGUACAAUCCUUUCAACGACCCCCAGAUUCUCCUGGCAGCUGAUGGCCUGGAACUGUUGAGCACCCUAGCAGAGAAGAGAUCCAAGUGUUCCGACAUGGAGUGUCCCAGCGUCUUUCUCUCUCCUAGCGACUCGUGUAAAUCGGACAACACUGACGUCACGGAGGACUCGCCAGAGCUAACAAAAAAAGAGUGCACGCCUAGACGAGAUGUCCGCAGAUCAGGAUCCCCUAAAUGGACGUUUCCGAAAAAGGACAGCAGCCAGAACUCAGCGGCAAUAGGUAUCUUCAAUAUGCCAUCAGACCUUGAAUCUUUUCUUGCCACAGGGCUUGACCACAUGGACGACAUGGAGAUCGAAAUGCGCAUGCGCCUCGCUGAACUUCAAAGGCGGUACAAGGAGAAGCAGAAGGAGCUGGCGAAGCUGCAGCCCAAGAAGGAUAAAGACAAGGGAGACAAGUCUGACAAGGGUGAUAAGUCUGACAAGGGAGAUAAGUCUGACAAGGGAGACAAAUCGGACAGGAGUGACCGUUCCGACAAGGGGGAUAAAUCUGACAAGAGUGAGAAGUCGGAAAAGGGUGAUACAGAAGACGAGUCUCAAUCUAAACGAGGCCCGGGAAGGCCAAGAAAACGAAAAUUCUUCCCCACAAAGAGUGAAGAAGAAACCUCGUCACAGAAAACGAGUCCCAAGGAAUCUCACCAUAAGAAGAAACGGCUAGCAGAGGAACUGGUGGACAGAAUGUUCAGAAGUCUUGCUCCAGCGAAAAGCGACAAACUGAAGGCAGUUUCCGCAAUGCGCAGUAAAACGAACACUAUGACUAAGAAACGACCCAGUUUCCAUAGCAACAAGCCAGCAACAGUGAAAAAGACCAACACAGACGACAAGCACACCCCGGGGACACUAUUCAGUGAACGCAAAUUGUUCAAACCUCCAGGUGCCAACAUAGCUAAAGGAAAGUUCAAACCGUUUCUCAGCAAAAAGUCCAGCACGUUUACCAAGACAGUGAAUAAGUCGCAAACUAGUUCAGACAUGGGUAACCUGUUUGCGAACUUGGAAAACUCUCUGGGUGAAGAUGUAGAACAAAAACGACCAAAGAACUUACUGAAGGAAGGCCACAUCCCAGUGGGAUCCAGUUUUGUUUCCCAAAUCAACACGACGGUGUCGCCGUCAGCCCUGGAGUCGGGUCUCGGUUUGUUGGCAAAGUUCGCCACGUCAGCACUGACAGCAGCCAACUUGAAGAAAAAGAAUCGAAAAGUGGAAGAAGAUUCUGACACGGAGACCAGCGACAAUAACAUCAAUUCAACAAACACAAAACGAAAACCGGGACGCCCUAAAAAGUGUGCUCAGAUAACAACAGGGGGAGGAACUGAGACGAUCGUGGCGAAGAAGUCGAAGAAUCUCGGUUUGUUGUGUUUGUCAGAACUGGAGAGAUCGCGGCAGAGGAAACACAGUCAGGACUCGCAGAUGGAGCAGAGAGAAAUAAAGCUGGACGGCCAGACGCAGCUGAAGCCGAUAUUUCUGGACGAGCAGUGGUGUCGCCGACGUAGUGAACGGAUCUUUCUGAGUGAACCGAGCCCCCAACCCUCCCCCAACACGCCCUGGGACAAACAGAAACCCCCUGAAUUCAAGCUGUCCAGCCCGCCCAUCUCGCCCAAAGUGGAGACUCAGAGAGACAAGGACCGCGCCAAGGUCCAGAAGGCGAAGAGUCUACACGAACUGACUCAGAAGGUGAAGAAGAAGUACAACAAGUCCUUCAGCAGAAAGUCGGCCUUCAGCGAAGACAAGCGAAAUAUGUCACGUGGUCCAGUGAAGUCCGAGAAGUCGAAAAAGUCUCGAAAGAUUUCCGGAUCAGACAGUGACGGCGAUGACUUACCUCUCAUCAAACUGAAACACCAAGAGCCCCGGUCGUGUGUGAUCUGCACGGACGAACUGAAGGACGGACUGCGGGUCCUCAUGUUACAGGACGGACUCUUCUAUGAGGGAGCAGUCAGGGCCAUCCAUCCGCCAGACGUGUAUGGUGUUGUGGUGAAUAAUUCUCGUGGUCACAGACCUUACAUCUUUUCACAGGAAGAAAUUUUGAAGGAUGUGAUAGUGGACGUGAAGCCGGACUCUGGCCGGGGUCUGCCCGAGGGAACUCGAAUCUGUGCCUACUGGAGUCAGCAGUUCAGCUGUCUGUAUCCAGGGACUGUUGCUAAGACAAGUCCAAAUCCACACAGCAGCAAGUAUUCCGUGAACGUGGAGUUCGAUGACGGGGAUUCUGGGAGAAUACCUAUUGACCAUAUUCGACUUCUACCAGAAGAUUUCCCUCUUGUGUCAUAUGACCCCAAUCCAUUGCUGCAUCUGAGUAAGCGUCGACGAAGAACGACCUCGGGUGACAGUGACUUUAGAAAGUCUAGCGACGGCUUGUUUUCUCUCAGUGACGACGGCUUCAAAUCCAAGAAACGAACUCACGACGGCGCGUCCAGCGAAUUCGAUGACGUCAUAGAAGAAGACACAGACGACCAAGAUGUCUUCAAAUCAGAAGGAAUGAAGCCGUCCAAACCCAGCAGACCCAGCAAAAACGUGCCCUUCACGUUGAGCCCCGUCCCGCGAUCGAAACACGCGGGUAAAGAGAACGGGGCUGCUGGAGUGUUUAACAAGACUGAAAAAACACAUACCUCCGAGCUCUCGUCUUUAUCUAAUGGCGCGAAACCAGACCGGAAGUCCAACCCGUUUCUGCGUCCAUCGGUCCUCAAACUGAAUGAGUUCACGCAUCAUUCCAACGACAGUGAUAAUUCUGAUGAUGAUGAUGAAGAAGAUGAUGAUGAUGAUGACGAUGAUGAUGAUGAUGAUGACGACGUAAUGAGUUCAGACGAGUCUAGUGAGAGUAGCAAUGAAAGUGUUAACAAUGACGAUGAGGAAAAGAGCAAACAAGAUUCAGACAAACAGAAACCCGCUGCUGAGGUGCCAAAGAGAAGAAGAAUGUCUUCCAUUGAGAAGUAUAAAAACUUUGUCCCAGCCAAGAAAUUAUGGAGGUGGGCUGGUAAAAGUACCAAGAGGCCAGGCAUGAAGGGUAAAGCCAGGAAAGAGUUCUUCAAGUCCAUCGCCAGAGGAAAGGAACGAAUAUCGGUUGGUGACUGUGCUGUGUUUCUAUCCACCGGACGCCGGAACCUGCCGUAUGUUGGUCGAAUUGACAGCAUGUGGGAAUCGUGGGGAGGAUCCAUGACGGUCAAAGUCAAGUGGAUGUAUCACUUUGAGGAAACCAAAGGAAGUCGGAAACUGCUUGAUCCCAAGGGGGCGCUGUUUGAAUCCUCGCACGAAGACGAGAACGACGUGCAGACGAUAUCGCACAAGUGUCUUGUUCUGUCCUAUACGGACUUCAAACAGAGACGGAUGGACUCUGCAAAGAAAUCUUCCACACACGAGGACUGUCCCGAUAUGUACUACCUGGCUGGAUCUUAUGACCCCACAGUGGGCAUUGUUAAUAAAUAUGAGGCUGACGUCAUCUGAUCAAUGUCACGUGACCCGACUGGGCACUUAAUAAAUAUCAGGCUGACGUCAUAUGAUCAGUAUCUCGUGAUCCAACAGUUAGGAUUAUUCAUGAAUAGGAAACUAACGUCAUCUUAUCGAUCCCACGUGACCUGACAGUGGGAUUUGUUAAUACACAUGAGGUUGACGUCAUCUAAUCAAUGUCAUAUAACUUUAAAAUGGGGAUUGUGUAUAAAUUCGAAGAUGACGUCAUCUGAUCAAUCCCGCAUGACCAGACAGCACAAAGCUGGUAUCAUCUAAUCAACCCCCACGUGACACGACAGUGGAAAUUGGUUGGUGGUAUCUGAUCGGCCAGACGUGACAGACAUCAAGUAUAUAACUGUGAUAUCAAUAGUUGAGAAAGUGAUAUCAUACAUAUAUAAAUGUGAUAGUAUAGAAUUAUAUUGUCAAUUCAGAACUAAUAUUGCCAGUACAAAACUGUAAUAUCAUCUGUGAAAUAAGUAAUGUCAGUAGGAAGUGAUAACUUAAAUAAUGCGAUGGACCAGCUGUCAAUAAUCUUUAGAUGAUAGAUAUCAUCAGGAUAGAGUGUGAUACGUUUUGAAUCUUUCCAUAAAUAUAUCGAGUCUUGUUACUUAAGAGUUGUGAUUGACACUUGGGAAAAGAUUGCCCUGGUGUAUUGCCUUUCUAUCAUGAAUUGAUUCAUAGCAUCCUAUAGUCAUGCUAUGAUGUUUCAAAGAAGAAUGUAAUGAAUGUGAUCCCAAACAUCAAGUAGAACUAAUUAUCUGGCAACGUGACUAGGUAUCUCCAUUGUCAUCUGACGUCAUCAUGACGUACAGUAUUACUAGGCGUUGCUGGUUACCUUGUCGCGCGGUGUGACAUCAUCGUCAAAUGUAAAGCCAGGAUUGUGUACGGUAGACUAGUAGUAAGACAGAACGUUCAGUAUGUAGUGUGACGUAAAAUUGCGUCUGCGAGAUGUUCUUGUAACAUGGUCUAGUUCAUACGUGAUUCUCUUCACCUAUUGCUCAUAACACAUUCCCUCAAAAUGUGCAAGUACAUUCUCCAGUGUGCAGAUUCCUGUUGUCUAACCAAGUAUUUCGAUGUCUGACAUCUGUUUUAACUUGUUAUAAAAAAACUCAUUGGCCAAAUUAGUUAAACACCCAACGUGUAUUAUGUCACAGUGCCACAUGCUUUGUUUGCAGAAGGUUGUGAAAGGACUGGAAUGUACAAAAGGGUACAUGGGGAAUCAAUUCUAAAGAUACAAUCGCUACUGAUGUUGGUGGAACUGAAUGACUUGAUGCAUCUCGUUGACUACAGUAUGGUCACUGGUUAGGAGCAGAUCCAGAUUCCCCUGGCUCGUCGCCAUAUCCUUUAUUAAACUGGCCACACGCACGUUUUUAUUAACGUGACUUAUAGUUGUUGUAAAACAAAUGUCUUGAAUUGAUCAUGUUGUGAGGGAACAAAUGAUUUCAGAAAUCCACGAACCAUUAAACUUCAGUUGUCGCUGGGUCCGCGUUUGCACCCUUCAUAAGCACACCUUUUAAGACCACCAUGAAUGCUGGUGAUGACUAUGUUACAAACUGACGUAUCUCGUGGAGUGAUAUACUCACUGGUUACAUUGGAGAUGAUUUAUUUAAAACUUGCUCAUGUACCAGCUAUUGACUGUGGCUAAGUUGCCUUCGAUUCAUGCUCAUUGAUUGUGAAAAAGCUGUUGAUGACAAUGGUGAAACUGAGUUAUUCAGUGCUUACAUUAAAUGUGAAAUACACUUUCUAUUCGAUGCUUGCUCAUGGAUUAUCGUACAGUUAUCGAUGACUAAUGAUGAGUUAAUGUUUAUAUAUGGAUUACUUUUGUUCUUAUAUUUCUACAUGUAUAGACGUUUGAAAUCACUGUAGAAAAGAAAAUGGAACACUUUUUAAUGAAAACAAUCACAGACUUUGUGACAUAAUCUGUGAUUAUGAUGGUGACAUUAUGUUGUUCUGUUGUGUUCAGUACUCUUUCUUUUACACGUCGGAUGUUCAGAUAUGUGUUCAGAUAUGUGUUCUUUUGUGUUGAUGUUUGUGAAGACAAAAACUUGUGAAACAUUAUGUGCCAUAUUUACCCGGUGUAAUUUGCAAACUUCAAAUCCAUCAGGAUAUAACACUUGCAAAUCCAGCUUUGCUACGAUUCCAUGCAGAUGUUUUAAUUAUAAACAACUUAUAAUAUAUUAAUGUCUAUACAUGAUAUAUAUAUAUAUAUAUAUAUAUAUAUAUAUAUAUAUAUAUAUAUAUAUAUAUAUAUAUAUAUACCUUUAUGCUUUUAUAGAUUUUAUGAAAAACUAUAUUACAGCAAUGCUUUAUCUAUAACAAAGUGCUACGUUGUGAAAUAUAUCUGCAGCAUUAUUAAAUAUACAUUUAUUAUUGCAGUAUAUAUUCGCACAUUAAAAAUAUUACGUCUGUACCUUUAUGUGAUAUAAUCCUAAUAUGUGAUGUACAUAGCUAAUACUGUACCUGAAGUGAACUUUGAACUGAUGAGUAGAUACGUCACGUGAUAUACCUUUGUAUAACAAAUUGUAUGUAUAGAGUGUUAAUUAUAUAAGUAUUUCAUUGUGUUAACAUAUUAUGUUAAUGCAUUAACAAUGUUAUUAAAUAUAUUAAAUUUCACAAUUUAUUUAACAUAAUAUAUUAUGUUAAAGUAUAGAUAGAAUGUAAUUAACAUAAAGCUGUUGUAUUUCAAAUAAUCUAAUUAACAUAAUAUAUUUAACAUAGUGAAACUUAAAACAAUCGUAUCGUAAAGGGUUUUGUUGUUUGCAUGAUUCAACUUAUGGAAACAGUUUAUAAUAUAUUUAACAUGGUGAAACUAAAACAGCCGUAUCGUAAAGGGUUUUGUUGUUUGCAUGAUUCAACUUAUGGAAACAGUUUGCUGUAUAUGAUUAGGUUUUGACAUCAACUAAAACAUAAACUUUUGCCUACAGUACAUUGCAAGCUGUGAGAUAGUUGAAAUUACAUUUCGUAAUCUCUGAAACUAAUUGUAAGUUUUCGACUGAUGUAAUUAGGUGGCUUAGACCGUUACUGUAUGUCGCGUCAUGAAAUCGAUCAUUUAGCCAGUCGAGUUCUUGAGCGUGACUUUUGACAAAUAAUUAUCAGUCUGUUGAUAUCAUUGAGUAUUGAAAAGCCUUUGUAUCUGUUGACGAUCCCAUCACAUACAUGACUUUCAUAAAGUUUUCUUUAAUGUGUUCACUUUUUCCAUUUCAUUUUUUCUUAUCUUAUAUUGACGACGAGUUACAACGUAUCAUGUUGUAUCGCAUUUGCAUAUUUUAGUCUUAUGUCAUAUUGACAGAACAGAAGAGAACGUUAUUUACACUCACGCCGUUCUGAAACGGCGUCAAAGAAACAUACAUAAUCAGAUUAAGACAAGAUGGUUUCCAGCAGAAUAAGAUAUAUCUAAUGUGUGUAAUGGUAGACUAUGUCAGAUUGUUUUAUUUUGUCAUUAUUUUUCAUUAUUAUUAUUAUUAUUAUUAUUUAAUAUAAAUAACAGAAAUGACAAAAUAACUGGGGGCUUUCUGUUUAAUUUUCGUAAGUACACAUGUAUUUUAACAAUAUAUUUUUUAAAUUACAAUUACAUUUUAAAUAAUAUAAACAAGAUUAUGCGUAGGUUAUUUAAAAAAGUGUUCAUUAAACAGGUUUUCCUGACGGCAAGUUAACAAAUAUGGUAGUAAAUACUUCAUUCUGUUUGUUUUUAAUGUGUAUUAGACAGACGCCAGAAUGAUCUAUGUUGCAUAUAAAACUCGUCUUCAGUUGAAGCCCAGUUUAUACUGUUCACCAAGAAGAUACGAUCGUCCUAAAACUAGAAGCAGGUGUCUCUCUUAAAGCUGCAGUCUCUACAAUAUUUAUUAUUUAGUUAACAAUUUAGAAUAUAUCCUCAACUUUGUUUCUCUGUAAAGAAUAUAUUGUUUUGUUUGUUUCCAAUCUAGGUCACAAUCAUACGUUCAUGACCACGAGUUAAUGGCGCUUGUUAAGUGCCCAUGUACGACAAUACCUGUAGGAGUAUGGCGAGAGACAAAACUACAGUGUUAAAGUUUUUGUUGCCUCUUAUUUUCAAAACUGAUUCGGGAAUACACCUUUGUUUAUUAAUAUAUACAAAGUUUACUUCAAUUACAGUAAUAUAAAUAUUUUUAAAACUUGUUUUGUUCUUUUAAAUGACGAAAAGACUUGUACUUUUUAUAGGCAGUUGCUGAUAGUGAAAACACGACUGUAUUAAAACUGUUUUUUAAUUUGUAUUUUGCAUUAGUAAAGUAUUAUAGGAUGGGUAAAAGAGACUAGCUAUUUUCAUAGUAGACUUAUAACAAUAGAAAUAGCUCUACAUUUAACAUAACUACAAGCGCACAAUAAUUCUUUAUCAUCCACAUGUUUUACUUGCUAACACCACUACCCAGUGUUUAUCACGUGUCAUACUCGUGGUCACGUGAUCUGUCUACUGAAACAAUAUAGGGUUCUCAUUCAUUAGACUAUCGCAUCUUUAUUCUGUUUACUGACAACUUGCUAUAUUAUACAGCAUACACAGUUUACAAAACAAAUGAUCACAAAAAAUACAUUAGAAUAAAUGAUGUUACUGGAUUAGGCGUUAAACUUUGAUUUGUAUUAGUACUAUUGUUUGUAUUCUUACCUUUUCUGUGUUUUAACGUAUUUCGCCAAUGUACUGUUGUGUGAACACACUGAAAUAUUAGUUACGUCAGUGUCUUACGAAUCCAUGAGUUAUCUGGCACAAACAUACCUGUGUUCAUUGUAUGCUUGAAGACUUCUGUCUAUUGUGAAUCCUUGUUAUGCAAAUGUCUCAUCAAAUAUAUUUUCACUGACGUUAAUAACAAA